AUGAAUCAGCUAAGGUGUCCUUUAAACUUUGUGCCCCCAAAGAUCUGUAAGAUUUGGUGGCGCUUCGAAUUUCAUGAGCUUCGAGGACGGGGGUGGUUUGACUUCCUUGGCGAUUUGGAAUAUUCAGGGUUUCCAGUUGAAUACAUCCGUGGCUUUAGGAGCCACCCAUCAUUCCGCAGCUUUUUCGGCUUUCCGAACAACCCGAAGAAACCACCGCGGCCACCGGAUCUCGUGGCCACCGGACGCAAAAUGGCGGACCUGAUUGGUGAACAGAUCGGUGAGUUCUAUGACACCUUCAAGCUCUUUGAUGAAGAUCGAGAUGGUAAGUUGUCCCUGAAGGAGUUCGGAACUUUGCUCAGCUCAUUGGGCCAAAACCCCACGGAGCAAGAGCUGCAAGAAUGGAUCGGCGGAGACGGCGAACACGAUACCACGCGCAUUGACUUUCAGAGCUUCUUGUCCUUGAUGUCACGGAAGUUGAAGGAAACCGACACAGAGGAAGAGCUGAUCGAAGCCUUCAAGGUCUUCGAUCGCGAUCGCGAUGGCUUCAUCUCGGGAGGCGAGCUGCGCGCCUCUAUGACAAACUUGGGGGAACGCCUCAACGACACAGAGGUGGACGAGAUGAUCCACGAGGCCGACUUGGACGGCGAUGGCUUGAUCAACUACGACGAGUUCGUCAGGGCUCCUGGGGCUCCUGCGCAGUACCGCCCAGAUGGCCCGGGCACGGAGAAAUUUGCCGAUGCCCAGCUGACAGCUGCACGACGUCGGGAAAAGUCGCUUUGUCGUUUCGUCUCAGGUCAAGGUACGGAGCAAAUCGGGCAGGACGUGUGGACGGUCGCGCGCGAGGUGGACCAGGCCUUGCAGCUGACACAUGUACCACCAAAUUUCUUGACCGCGUUGGCUGACUCCUUCUUUGGCGUGGAACGCACUGGCGCCCUCGGAGGCGCCAUCGGCGAUUGCGCCUUGGGUGUGGCGGUUCUCUUGGUCAAUGCCUUGCCCUUUGCAGAAGCGCGCUGGGGCACCAGGACGGCAGUCGUUGAUGGAGAAACCCCUGUGAUCGGCUGGUUGGAGAUGGUUUCAUAG